AUGUCCGCAACAAUGAGAUCGACCGGGUUGGUCCGCGGAACCCCUGCUUUCCGGUCUGCACUUAUCGCCCGUAAUCGCUCCAGUGCUUUGAGCCCAGCCUCUGUGGCAGCCCGCAACCUCCUCCGAAAUGGCCGCGAUUUACCCUCUCAAUUGUCCGCGCUUGCUAUUCUGAUGCCGCAGCGUGGCUAUGCGACCGAACAAUCUACAUCCAACUCUUCCCAGAACUUCCCUCCGCCAGGGUUCAACGCUGAGCAGGCGAAGAAGCCUCUGUCCCAGGAUCAGACUGCACAAUCGCAACAGACUGUUGCUAAGAACCAGACUGCCCAGUCAGACGCUAGCAAGACACAGUCCGCCGGAACUGUCUCAAAGACCAACCCUGAGGAUAUGAAGGUGGCCGAGAAAAAGAGCACCAAAAGCUUGACAUUUGGACAGAAGGUCAAAAAGGAAUUGCAGCACUACUGGGAUGGCACCAAACUCCUUGCUACAGAGGUUAAGAUUAGUUCACGGCUGGCAUUGAAGAUGGCCGGUGGUUAUGAGCUCAGUCGCCGAGAGCACCGUCAGCUUCAACGGACUACCAAGGACUUGGGACGUCUUGUUCCCUUCUCUAUGUUCCUCAUCGUUCCUUUCGCCGAACUGCUUCUUCCCGUCGCUUUGAAGAUUUUCCCUAACCUUCUCCCAAGCACCUACGAGGGCCAGAAGGCUCGCGAGACCAAGGCUCGGAACCUUAGCUCAACCCGCAAAGAAGUCUCUAGUUUCUUGCGCAACACUCUCCGUGAAACCGGUCUGCCUUUGACCGCCGCUACUGUCAAGAACGACGAGUUCGCAGACUUCUUCCGCAAGAUCCGUACUACUGGCGAAUCACCUUCCACCGAAGAUGUCAUCAAGGUCUGCAAAAUUUUCAAGGAUGACUUGACCCUCGACAACUUGUCCCGACCUCAGCUCGUCGGCAUUUGCCGUUACAUGAACCUGAACUCGUUCGGCACAGACGCUAUGCUCCGCUACACUAUCCGACACCGCAUGCGUCAAAUCAAACGUGAUGACCGCGCGAUCUUUUACGAGGGUGUUGAGUCGCUCUCCGUUCCUGAACUUCAGAUGGCCAGCGCCUCCCGCGGUAUUCGCACGCACGGUGUGUCCCCAGCACGCCUGCGUGAAGAUCUCGGCAUGUGGCUCGAGCUUCGUCUGAAGCAGGGUGUCCCCUCGACACUGCUCGUCCUGAGCAAUGCUUACCUGUACACCCAGGGUGGCAAGGAGUCCGAGAUGGCCUCCCAGAUUGAUGCACUUAAGUCUGUGCUUUCUAGCAUUCCCGAGGAGCUGUUCCACGAGAUCGAACUCGAGGUACACAAUGCCGAGGGUGCUGCCACCAACAAGCAGCGUCUUGAGGUCAUCAGGGAGCAGGAGGAGUUGAUCGAGGAGGAGAACGAGCAAAACAGCGAGAAUGAGGGCAAGGGUGUCUCCGCGCCCAAGGAUAUCGAGGAUAUCGAUGAGAAGGAAGAGGCGAAGCAGGCCGACGAGGCUAGUGAGGCCAUGGCGGAGGGUGAGCGUGCCGAGCAGACCCCUGAGUCCAAGGACACGAAGAAGAGCGAGAGCUCCUAG